AUGGACACUCUUAGCACCAUUGAAUGGUCCUGCAAUGAGUUAUAUACUACCUCAGAUCAGUCCGUUCGUAUCCAAGCUGAAGAGACAUGUUCAAGGUUAAUCGAUCGUCCCGACUGUAUAGCAACAUGCAAGGCCCUUUUAGAGCGUGCAAACUCCUGCUACUCCCAGUACAUUGCCGCUUCGACUCUUACAAGAUUUAUAUCCAACCGAGAUACCGUAGUCCAUGUCAAUCUACGUCUCCAACUUCGGAAUUUUGCUCUCAAUUACCUCGCAACCCAACCCAAUCUCCAAGGGAUUGUCCAGCAGGCGCUAAUCAAUCUCAUUUGCCGUCUUACUAAGAUCGGUUGGUUUGAUUCAUUUGAAAAUGGACCUGAAUACCCGUUUCGGGACAUCUUUGACUCUGUCAAAAACUUUAUUCGUGUAGGCGAUAAUUUUGAAUUUAUUUUAAUCCUCUUUUUCCAUUUAGUCUGCUUAGUGUCUGAAAUCUACCAAUCCACUGAGAGUGACCUCACAAGGGCGACCUUCUUUUUGAAGAAGUUGCUGGUUUCAUUUCGAGACCUUGUGCUCUUCCAAAUCUUCCAACUUGGCCUAGAUCUUCUCCACCAGACUGAUGCAAAUUUGAAGAAUCUUUCCUCAAAUGAUUCAGAUCAGUUGCAAGUGGUAUAUCAUACCUUAAAUAUGGUGUGUUCCUGUCUCAACUACGAUUUCGUCGGAACUGGGUCACGUUAUGGGGAAGGCAGUAAUUCUACUUCAGAUGAUCUGAGCACCGUUCAGCUACCCGCCAAUUGGCGACCUAUCUUUCUAGAAUCCAAUAAUAUUGACCUCUUUUUCCGUCUCUUUGCCGGUCUCCCGCAAACCCCCGCCUGUCCAGGCAUCCGCGUUCUUCCGCUCUCCUGUCUAGUGCAAAUCACUAGCAUUCGACGGACAUUGUUCACAAAUGAUGAACGUCCAACCCUCCUUGCAUCUUUGAUGAAAGGUUGUUUGGAGGUUCUACAACGCAGGGAGAGCCUUCUUUGUGAACCCACCGUGUACCACGAAUUUUGUCGUCUUCUCUCACGCAUGAAAGUCUCCUUCCAAGUGAGCGAAUUCGUUCAAAUUGCCUGCUACCCGGAAUUUAUCAAAUUAGUCGCGGAUUUCACUACGCACAGUCUUUAUGUGAGUCGAGCCUCGGUGCAUUCUGUAAUUCGAUUUUUUUGUCUUGCAUCACUUUGUGACGAGCUCUUUGUACAAGCGUAUUUCGAUUUCAAUGACGUAAUUACUGUGUGGCGUUUGCAGGAAUCUUGCACAACCCUCUACCUCCCAUUUAACAAUUCCAUUUAA